AUGCCUAGGAAGUUGCGAGCAGCCGCGCAAGCAGCUGCGCAAUCUAUCAAAAAUGUGCCCCCACCACUCGAUGCCUCGGAUGAGGAAAUGAUCGAAGCCCCUCCGUCGCGUGAAUCUUCAGCCGGCGUAGAGCCAGAAGAAGCAGACGAUGAGGAUGAGGAAGGAGGUGAACGGGAGACGUCACCUAAGGAUGAGGACGCUGCUACCCCAGCACAGACAGAUCCAGCCCCGGAAGAAGAGCCUGUCGAAGCACCUGCACAAGACUCGAACCCGCCGUCGCGACCUGACACACCAACACACAUCGGACCUGGUCGACCUUCGGCAAUUCCGCGCAAACGGCGCAUAGGUCGUCCUCCUAAGAACCGUCCCCCAGACUGGGAUGCGCCGGCUGAUGGGUCAGCGCCACAGAUCCAUGUGAGCACACCGGUGAAGAGGAGGCGAGGGCGUCCUGCUGCGAGUGGUGGGCGAUGGGGCCGGAGUCGCGGUCCAUCUCAUGUUACGCAGGUGCCUAUCGAUAAGGAGGGUAAUAUGAUGGAUGUCAUUGAUGAUGAAGUUGCUCUUCCGGAUGAUCCAGAGGGCGAGAUGAAGGUGGAUAAGAACGGUAUACUCAAGGGAGAUCGAGAAUAUAGGGUGCGAACUUUUACCAUCCUCAAUCGCGGCGAGCGACAGUACAUGUUGUCUACGGAACCAGCGCGAUGCAUCGGCUUCAGGGACUCGUACCUGUUCUUCCAGAAACACAAACUGCUUUACAAGAUUAUCAUCGAUGACGAUGCGAAACGCGAUUUGAUCGAGCGUGACAUUAUCCCGCAUUCGUACAAGGGUCGAGCCAUUGGUGUGGUGACUGCUCGGUCUGUGUUCCGAGAGUUUGGCGCGAAGAUCAUUGUCGGCGGCAGGAAGGUUGUUGAUGAUUAUAAUACGCAGGCUGCGAGAGAGCGCGGCGACGUGGACGGUGAACUCGCUGUCCCAGAGGACAAGUUACCACCACCAGGAGAGCCGUACAACAAGAACCAGUACGUGGCGUGGCACGGAGCUAGCAGCGUCUAUCACACUACUACGCCCUCUGUCCCUGUGCCCGGCACUGGCAAAGUGGUUGAUUCGAAGAAGCGCAAGGUUACAGUCACUGGGGACAAUUGGAUGCUGGAGCAUGCCCGUGAAGCUGCAAACUUCAACGCUGUGCUCUCACAUACACGUCAACAAAACCUAGGAGGCAUCUACGACAUCCACACCAACCUCAUACAAUAUCCCAAAAUCAUGCAACCAACCCACGCUCGUUGGGAGCGACUACCUCCUCCCGACCCACGGACAGCAAACAAGCUUACAAAAGAAAUGUCAACGCUUACCUUGUCCAAUGGUACAACGGAAGACAAGAAUACGGAUGUUCAAAUGGAGAUAGAAGAGCAGGAGAACAAGCCCGAUGAAGAAACACCGUCCAUCUUUUCCACUAUCCCGGCCGCCUUAUCACGGCGGUUCGCCAUUCUUGACGUUCACUGCGAGAGCCCCCCAUAUUCCAACAUGGGCGUCCCAGGUCCCGACGGCGACGUCCAUGAUCUCGGUUCAAACGGCCUAAUCAGUGUUGCUAACCCGAAGCACCCCGAAUUCGUAAGCCCUGAAAUCCUUGAAGAACUUCCCUCGGAAUGUAGGGAAGCUUUUAUCGAAGCCGCCUCCCACGAGUGGGAGUGGAAAUCAAGGUGGUGCAGCGAAGUGGACGACGGUGCAAGAACAGUCCCGCUGAAGAGCUAUGCUUGGUUCCCUUGA